AUGGAAGAAGAAGAAGAAGGAUCGAUGAAAUGGAACUUCAAAGGGGAUGAAAUAAUGAAAAAGGCAUCAUCUUGGACUAUAAGAACCAUACUCAAAACUCUCAUUGCUAAUUUGAAGGGAGCUGAUGAUCCCACCAGACCGGUCAUCCAACUUGCCCAUGGUGAUCCCAGUGUAUUUCCAAGCUUUAGGCCGAGCAAAGUUCUCGAAGAUGGCCUCAUUGAAGCUGUCCAAUCUGCUAAAUUCAAUUGUUACGGCCCAAGUAAUGGUAUUCCCCAAGCUAGAAGGGCUGUAGCUGAAUAUCUAUCAAAAAACCAACAGUUGGAAGUAUCAGUAGAUGACGUCCAUCUAACUGCUGGAGGAAGACAUGCAAUUGAUGUCUUACUCACUGCCCUGGCUCAUCCUGGUGCCAAUAUAUUGCUUCCUAAACCCGGAUAUCCAUUCUAUGAAGCUCGUGCAACAUUUAGCCGGCUGGAAAUUCGCCACUAUGAUCUUUUGGGCGAACAGGCAUGGGAAGUUGAUCUUCAUCAUGUGGAAACCCUUGCAGACAAAAGUACAGUUGCUAUUGUUAUUACUAACCCUGGUAAUCCGUGUGGAAAUGUAUACACAUAUGAACACUUGCAGAAGAUUGCAGAGACUGCAAGAAAGCAUGGUUUUCUUGUAAUUGCAGAUGAAGCUUAUGCUAAUUUGGAUUUCGGAAGUACCCCGUUUGUGUCCAUGCAACAUUUUGGAUCAAUUGUACCAGUGCUCUCACUUGGCUCUUUAUCGAAGAGAUGGAUGCUUCCUGGUUGGAGGGUUGGAUGGAUCGUGAUUACUGAUCCAAAUGGCAUCCUCCAAAAAUAUGGGAUAUUAGACUCCAUCAAGAGCUGUCUUGACAUCUCCCCUGACCCUGCAACUUGUAUUCAGGCGGCAAUUCCUAAAAUCCUCAAUAUACCAGAGGAUUUCUACUCGAGGACACUACAUUUGCUAAGAGAAGCUGUGGAUAUUAGUUAUGAUCGGCUCAGGGAGAUCCCAUGCUUCACAUGCCCAUACAAACCAGGAGGAGGCAUGUUCAUUAUGGUAAAACUCAACCUGUCAUUACUAGAAGGCAUAAUUGAUGAUAUGGACUUCUGUCUCAAACUUGCGGGAGAGGAAUCCGUGACUCUCCUGCCAGGAGUCGCCAUGGGGCUGAAGAACUGGCUGCGUUUGACGUUUGCUGUGGAGCUAUCUUCUCUUCAGGAUGGUCUUCAAAGAAUUCGAGCUUUCUGCUUAAGACAUGAGAAAAAGCUGUGA